UUUUUCAUAGUUGCUUCAUAAGUCUCGGUAUUAUCAGCAUAAACAUUGCUUAUAUAUCUCUGUUUCUAUCUGUCUAUAUGUUUCUAACAUUCAAUUUCAUAGCCGUCGGUACUUCUACCCACAAUGCAAAUCAGCGGAGUUUGUAAUAUUCCUUUUACACAAUGGAAUCUGCUACAAGAAUAAAAAAUGACGACAAAAAUGUUGUGAGAAAAAUAAAAAUUCUUCAAACGGUAGAUCCGGUAGUGAACAACUAAUAGAGAUGAUCUAGUUGGCUUUAUUACUAUGAGUCAUGAGACAUAUAUGGUUAUAUUUAGUGUUUUUCUCUUACAAUAUAUAUCGUAUUCUAAAAUAUGAAGAUGAAAGAUAAAGAAAUGUUAUCGCUUUUCUUUUUCGUUCCGCCACUGCGUAUCCCUAAAUACAUAUUUGUUUUCGUAUUAUCGAUUGGUGAACCCUCUCCGACAGUUCAAGCCAUAUACGCCAGCAAUUAGUCAAUUGUUUCGCUUCGUUUAGGUAUUCAAUAAAACUAAGACCUAAUCAUUUGACCCGACUUUAGUAGUUUGACGUCGCAAUAGGCUAGCUGUCAGUGACGGGAUUAUCAGCGGCGGCCAUGAGCCGGCCUCAGAUCUCAAUUGAUGAAAUCGCGAAACUCCUAUUCAAUUUCUACGGGCUACAAGUUAUCAGCGCCAGAGAAUUGAACGGUUAUGACGAUCGAAAUUUCCACGUCAUCGUCGACGUCAACAUAAACAAUAACAAACGUAUCGGCAAAGUGGUGAAGUGCGGUUAUGUGUUGAAGAUCGUCAACUCUUUGGAUUCGGAAAAAGAACUGCUGUUUGAGGCUCAAACGGAGCUCCUUCGUCACCUAAACAAUAACCACGUAAAAUGCCCCCUGCCUGUGUUGACGGUCGACGGGAAAGGACACAUGAAAAUUGAUCUGCGCAGUGGGGGCCAUAUAGCGCGAUUAUUGGAAUACAUCGAGGGUACAAUAUUGUACGAAAUAGAGUCGGAUUCCAAAAUACUUUUCCAGAUAGGUCAGCUGACGGCUCGGAUCGAUUCAGUUUUGCAAAGUUUUCGUCAUCCAGCCUACGACGACUAUAAAACACCGUGGACACUGGGAGAAGUACCUAACCUCACAAAUUACCUGCACGCUGUCAGGGACAAAAAUAAGAGGAUUCUGUUCGAGGAAAUUAUCUCUGAAUUCACGAGAAGGGUGGCCGCGAAAUCACACACCCUGCAGAAAGGCUUGAUUCACGGCGACGUUAAUGAACAAAACCUCCUCGUCGAUAAAAACGGCGGGCGAUGGACCGUCACGGCUCUGAUCGACUACGGCGACACGCACCACGCAUGUUAUUUGUUCGAACUCGCUAUCGCAAUGUCAUACAUGAUCUUCCAAUCGGGCAAAAUCGAUAACGGCGCCUACGUACUGGCAGGAUAUAAAUCGGUUAGGGACGUGCCCGAUCAGGAAUUUAAUUUGUUGAAGAUAUGCAUUUCAGCGCGAUUGGUUCAGUCAAUCGUAAUGGGAGCUUACGCGAAUCUCCAAGAUCCGAACAACACAUACGUGUUGACUACUGCGACGAGGGGGUGGGAAAUGGUUAAGGAAUUGUCAGAGAUCGACGAAACGCACCUCCUAGAGAAAUGGAAACACAUAUCCUUAACCUACAACGCAGACGAGUGUAAAAUUGCAGAUUAACCAAUUGUUUU